AUGUCAUUUAGUACGCUGUCGGCAGAAAACUUGUCAAAAAACAUAAAAAAAAGUUAUUUUCAGCACAGAAAGAUUCAAAGCUAUGUUCCUGUUCCAGCUAGACCUUCUAUUUCUACGUUUAUAGAGUUGACAAAGCCCCGUUUGACAUUUCUUGUAGUGCUUUCGGCAAUGUCGUCAUAUGCACUUGCACCGUUUCCAUCAGCCUCUAUGUCAACACUUAUUUUUCUUACAUUUGGGACAACAUUAUGUUCUUCUUCAGCAAAUGCUUUUAAUAUGUUAAUUGAAUCAGCAUUUGAUGCACAAAUGUCUCGAACACGUUCUCGUCCGCUUGUUCGUGGUAUUAUUUCACUUCCAACUGUUUUUUCAUUUGUAUGUGUAACAGGUUUUCUUGGAAUUUUUUUUCUUGCAUGGGGUGUUAAUGGAACAACGGCACUUUUGGGUAUUACAAAUAUUUUCCUCUAUGCAGGAGUUUAUACACCGCUUAAACGUAUCUCUAUCAUAAAUACAUGGGUAGGCGCUAUAGUUGGGGCACUACCUCCUCUUAUGGGGUGGUCAGCGAGUUCUAAUGGAGACCUUUUUAGUCAUUUAGGUGGAUGGGUCCUUGCAGGCAUUCUUUAUGCAUGGCAGUUUCCUCAUUUUAAUUCUCUUUCAUGGAACAUUCGUCAGGAAUACGCACGUGCAGGCUAUCAUAUGACGUGUAUUAUAAAUCCAAGUCUCAAUGCACGAGUAUCUUUACGAUAUAGUCUUUUAUGUUUUCUUCUUUGCUGGGCAUUGCCUGUCACCGGCCUGGUGGAUUCCUUCUACUUUUUUGAUAGCAGUGUUAUAAAUAUGUUUAUGACAGUCUACGCAUGGAAAUUCUAUCGGCAUCAAAACGAGAAAAAUGCUCGAGAAUUAUUUUUUGCGAGCCUUAUUCAUCUUCCUUGCAUUUUUUUACUUGCAUUAAUUCACAAAAUAGUCAUGAUAUGGCCCAAAAAAGAAAAUAAAAUCCAAUGUAAAAAUUCCAUACCAUAG